AGGUUUGCGGCGUGUGAUUGGCGGCGGCAAGUGAAGCGUUUCCGGCGCGCGUGCGGCGACGGUUGAGCCAUUCAUUAUUCGAAGUUGUGAAGGGGUAUGUGAGGCGGCGACCGGCGGGACGAGAGAACGACCACUGCCUGCCCAUCUUCCUUCACAAACAUUCUCCGUGUUUGUGCCGCCGUACCAGGGCUGCUGUAGCCGCCGCCGCCGAGAGCGGGCGACGGAGCGAAGAGAAGCGUCGAGUGGGAGCGGUCGGAGCCGAGCCGCCGGCGGGCAAUCACCAUGAGUCAGGUCACUGACAGAGCCUGCUCUUGAGAAAGAUCUGUAAGUGUGCACCAUGCAUCGAUCAAACAGAGGAUCUUGGAAGAAGAAUUGUAGAGAUGCAUGAAGCUGGAAAAGGCUACAAAAGCAUUUCUAAAGACCUGAGUGUUCAUCAGUCAACAUGAGCAAAGUAUAUGCCAGGCGCGUGCUGCUGUCAUGGUGUAUGAUGAUGGCAACAAGAAGUGGGUACCAGCUGGAGGAGCAACUGGAUUCAGUAGAGUACAUAUUUACCACCACACAGGCAACAACACAUUCCGAGUGGUGGGGAGGAAAAUUCAGGACCAUCAGGUUGUGAUAAAUUGUGCCAUUCCCAAAGGGCUGAAGUACAAUCAGGCUACACAGACCUUCCAUCAGUGGCGAGAUGCCAGGCAGGUGUAUGGUCUAAACUUUGGUAGCAAAGAAGAUGCCAAUGUAUUUGCAAGUGCCAUGAUGCAUGCCUUGGAAGUGCUAAAUUCCCAGGAUGCAGGUCCGACGUUGUCUCGUCAGAACUCUCAGCUGUUUCCACAAGUGCAGAAUGGUCCAUGUCAGGAGGAUUUGGAGAUACAGAGACGGCAACUACAGGAACAACAACGGCAGAAGGAGCUGGAGAGAGAGCGACUCGAGCGUGAGCGGAUGGAACGUGAACGACUGGAGAGAGAGCGGCUAGAACAGGAACAGAUGGAGCGUGAGAAGCAGGAGCGAGAAAAACAGGAACGUAUGGAGCGAGAAAGACAGGAACGAGAAAGGCAGGAGCAAGAGGAUUUAGAGUUGGAACGACAAAGGGAACGACAAGAGCAGCUUGAGAGAGAGCAGCUUGAGUGGGAGAUGGAGCGUCGGAUGUCGUCUGCGGGUAUUGGUCCAACAAAUGAAGGUUUCCAGGGGCCACCAGCCCCUCCACCUGCACCACCUCUUCCUCCAGGACCACUGCAGCCAGCAGCAGCACCAGUCUCUGGGCCACCAAUGCCACCAGGUCCACCGCCUGCACCUCCACUGCCAGGAACAGGCCCCCCUCCUCCACCCCCUCUUCCUGGACAGGCUGCACCUCCUGUUCCACCUCCCCCUCCAGCCCCACCUCUCCCCUCCACCGGCCUUGCAUCAGCUCCAGCUGAAGAUGAUCGCCCACUGACUGGGCUAGCAGCUGCAUUGGCUGGAGCUAAGCUCAGAAAAGUGGCAAGGACUGAUGAGGCCUUGAGUUCUGCAGGCAGCAUUGGUUCAGUCUUGACUCCUUCUAAAUCUGAAACUUCGCGGGGUAACGGAGCCCCAAUUUCUAUUGGAGGAACUGGUCUAAUGGAAGAAAUGAGUGCCCUGCUGGCCAGGAGGAGAAGGAUUGCUGAGAAGGGUUCAGUUCCUGAGCCAGAUCCUAAGGAAGAAAAGAAUGAGGAAUCAGAAUCUGCAAGUGUGAAAGGCCCUUCAACGUCAAGUAUGUCUGAGACGACCAGAAAGCCUUGGGAAAGAACAAGUACUGUAAAUGGCAACAAAUCACCAGUAAUUUCCAGACGAGAUUCUCCGUGGAAAAAUCAGCUGAUCUCUGACAAGUUCAAUGACACACUAAACAGAAGCAAAUCCACACCAAGUGGACAACCAAACACCAAUGGUGUACAAGCAGAGAUCUUCGAUUAUGACAGAUUAAAACAGGAUAUCUUGGAAGAAAUGAGGAAGGAGCUUCAGAAGCUAAAGGAGGAACUUAUUGAUGCAAUCAGACAGGAGCUGAGCAAGUCCAACACUGCAUAGACGACAUGCUGAAUGAAACUGGCCCUUCUACGCCUAAUGUGAUGACUGAUGACAGUGAGAGGGUGAUGAGAAAAUGACAAAGACCCAGUGAGGAGUGGGAGAGCAGGUGGGAGGGAGGGAGGAAGGAAGCCCACCUUGUGCUGCAGUCCGAGAUUUUGCAGGCAGCCCCAUACCGUUGUGCUUUUCUUUUUAUUCCCCUCACUGCUUGCCGCUUUUUCUAUCUUCUUGGAGGAAGAGAGUUACUGUAAUAUUAUGCAAAGAUUCUAAUGUUUGUUGAAACUGAAUCACAGUGUCUGGAAAGUAUCAUCACUUGAAAGAAGAAUUUGCACAACAGUUGUUUUUGUUUUCGUUUUUUUUCCUCUAGGAGGUGGGUUGUAGUUUGAGCACAGAUCUUGGAGACAGGUAACCUUAUAGUUUCUACAUGUAGGAAGAUGCAAUGUGGGAAUGUGCUCUAUUGUAAGGGUGCCCAGGGAUUAUCUGUUAUUUUUCUACUUUUCAAACCAAUGGCAGAUCACAGGGUUUAAGGAUACAGAGAUGCCUUCCUUAGAUUAUUAUUGUGAUAAUGCUUUACCAAAUCGAAGACUUGUCUGUCAAUCCAACUAAUGAUGUAAGUUCUCAGUGCAGUGUCUGUAAUUGUUCCUUCCCUGACUUUGUGCAUGUCGAGAUGUAAUUCUUUGGUAUAUCAAAAUUGGCUGUGACCUGAUGUUUCAUCCCACUUUGCCAAGCAAUACUCAGUCAUGUUAAGUAGCCAUCUGGUUGCCUUUGCAAGUAUCUGAGGGGAAGGAUAGGGUGAGCCUGUGUGCUGCCAUCUAUAUAAUCUAAUAAUAAAUCCACAUGCAUCUAGUUUUUCCACAUCUAAUCCUGGAAAAGAUACCCUUUGAGAAUAUCUGUGGUGCAAUUGUGUUUAUUUCCAUAUGUUCCAACAAGUAGAUGUAUUCUAAAGCAAAGUGUGGAAGGAAGAGAAUACUUGAGGGGAAGAUCUUUCUCAACCCUAGUCCCAUGGUUUUCUUGAGACUGGUCACAUCAAGUUAUGGUGUUGCCAUUUUCACCUUGCUCCUACUUUCCUUUGUCCAGUUCAUCAACCAAUUUGAAGAAUUGUUGCUUCUUUGACCAUGUGAAGUGGUAAAUGUCUGGUGUGUCAGAUAGCAUUUGAGUUGGUGAGUGGUCUUUGAUCUGCUCUUUCUCAAAAGCUGACAACUCCCAAACUGGUUGCUGAAGUGGAAUGUGGGUUGAAGGUUUUGUAAUACCUCUCAGCAACUCUGUGCCCCACAAAGACUACUCACUACCAAACAACCAUCCCGUCCACACAGUACCUGUGGAUGUACCUGGGUUACCAAGAGACUUUUGAUCCACAAACAUUGUUAGACCAGUGGAAGUUGUGCCUCCUUUGCAGGAGAGGAAUAGUUCAGCUCUCAGGGCUCUGCCACCCAUUGAGGAAGGAGGUGUUUUUGGUCUUUAUUCCAGUGCAAGCUUCCUGCUUCCUCAGUUGGAGUGGCAGUGUUAUUUUUUCCUGCAGUUCUUUGAAAUGCGUGCCUUUCCACCAACCCCCAACUCUGUAACUCCUGAUUGUCCUGCUAAUUGGACAGGGCCAAAUCCAGAGCAGUGGUAGCUGGGACUGAUGCAGGCAUCUGGGAUUUCAGAAGCUGUAGAGUUUGCACCUUCUGAAACACCUACCCUGCCCAUCAACACCUUGGCUUGGUUGCAGUUUCAGACAGCUUUAUUAAUCUCAUCUCACCUUGGUGCUGUGUGCCUGCUUCCAGAACUGAAUUCUAUUUACCAAACGAUGGGAUUGAUGUCUCCAAAACUAAACUGCUUCAAGGAUAUUUGUCGACAUCCAAAUAACGUUCGUUCCAUUUCCAGUGUGGGUAUCACAAACAGGAUAAUUUUUGUUUCUAAGUUCUCCCAACCAGUGUUGCAGAUUAAAAUUGAAUAUCAUGUACAAAUGUUUUCAAGGUUGUCACUGUUCUUUAUAAUUUACAUUUGAAAAUACUAUCAAAAUUUCAAAAGCAAAAUUGCUUAAACUGCUGCAGUAAUAGUUUAUUGAGUCUUUGAUUUCUAUGUUGAGGGCCUUGACGUCUCUGAUCAUCACCAAGUAGGUAAUAGUAACCAGCCCUAGUCAGCGGUUGUGCUGGGAUAACAGUUGUAUCUCUGUGAUCUAGAUAAUGUGAAACCCAAUGAGUUUAGUUAAAAGUUCUAAAAUUGUUAUUGUUAGAUAGAUAAUGCAGUGGAUGUUGUAGGGAAGCUGAGAGAUUUUUUUUGGUAGAAUGAACAUAGCCACUUUUUUUUAAUACAAAGUGGUUUUGAAAGUUUUUUUCACUGUGAUCUGUAGAGGGAUAAAAAUCCUGUUAUAUCGCACAUAUAUACUGUCAGUACAAAAAACUUUUUAACAGGGCAGUUUAUUUCCUUUAAAAAUAUUAAUUAUUUCUUCAUUCUCAGAUACUGAAGUAGAUUACAUGGAGAUCCUGACAAACAUUUAGGUGAUUGAGGUUGUUAUUUUGUGUAUUUUACCUUGCCUUUUGCUCUUUGCCCUAAAUCACAAAAGGGCUUGACCUCCCAGAGCCAGGACCAGUUACACACUGUGCACAAUUGUAUGCCCUACCACUGUGAGAAAUGGCACAUCAAGGUUCAGCUGCUGUUCAAUGCCUAAAUCAUAAACUGAUUCCUUAUUCCACUGGAUUAAUAUCUUGAAGACUCAAGAUUGUUUCCAUGGCUCCAGCUAUCUGAUUUUCCUCUUGUAACAAGAGAGCUGUAAUCUGAAACUCUUCUUUGAGUAUUAUGCCCAAUAGUCGUUUUCAGAGUGGCUGUGCAGGCCAUGGUGCCAGCCGGGGUGGGGCAGGGGCUGAUUGAAUAUGGGCCCUGGUCAUCAUGCCAUAAUGUUCAGGCAUUUGAAUGACUUGGACCUUUACAUCAGUGGAUUAUUUUGAAGCCGGAAGGACCAUUUUAUCGCAGACUUGGCCUCCAACCUGUUCAUGAAGAAUCAGUCUUUCAACAAUGAUUCCAUGUUAGAUAGGAGCUGAAGUUUUUAAAAACGAAUCAUGUUGCUGAGUAAUUGAAAUAAUGAGUGAAAAGGUUGGUCUGUCUUCCGCAUUAUUUGUCUCCUGUGUUGUGUUGUCGACUGUCUCACAACCACAGUUACUUUGAAAUAUGUUUUGCUCGAUCAGUUCUGUGCACUCCUUGGUGUAGAAUGUUUACUCCUGGGAUGCUAUGUGAAGUUGAGUGUUAACUAGGCUUUAAUAUUUAAUUAACUUUUAAAAAGUACUAAUGUUAAUGGUUUACGUGGAACAUACUUGAAUCUUAUGGUGUACAUCCAUUUGACAAAAUGAGCAGCUUAAAGCCAGUGUAGCCACAGAGAAAUUGACAGACAACUGACUGUGAAGUUGGCAUUGGUGGAGUAGGCCAUUCCAAGAGGAUGUUCCCAUCUCAGUGCCUGCAAAAUUUAUUUUAUCCUGUAUCUUGGGAUUUUGUGCUGCUCAUUUUUUUAAAAAUCUGCUGACUCACCCUCACGUAAAAAUGUUGACAAUGCAAAUCCCUUCCUUUAAAAUAAGUAACUGGCAGCAAGUAAGGGAAUGGGCAAGUCCUUGCAAUCCAGUGUUUAGAUCUUUUUAAUAAAAAUUUAAGAAAGUUUAACAUCACUUUUCUAUAUGGAAAAGUGAGAAUGUAGUCUUUAUGCUAGAAGAACAGAGUGAAGUCCACACCUCAGGAAUUACCUGAAAAUUGCAUCAUCCACAGGCUAUUUGAUUGGGCUGACGUUAACUCCAGGCUCUCUGGCUUCCUUCAGAUAAGUGUCCUCUGCAUUGCCCAGGGGAACGAGUUCAGUGCUCACUACUGAGGUCCCCAAAACACUAAUUGAGUCCUUCAGUCUCCAGAGUAAUAUUGCUGCUGCUUGUUUCUGUGAGCACUGUGUCUGCUGCCCUCUGAGUACCUGUGGAUAAUCAUGUGGUUUCUUUGAAGCUUAUUAUUUUGUAUGACACAUCAGCCUUCACUGGAUUGGGUUAUAUUAUGGAUUUGGUGUGCUAUACCUGUAUUUGUUUAAAAUAUCUUUCUGGUUAUAUGACCCUUCAGAAGAAUUGCUACCUGCUCAAUACCAGAAAGGAGUGAAAUAAUUAGCAUUUUAAAUGUGCAAGCUCCAAGAGGUUUUUGUAAAAAGUAUAUACAAAAUGAAAAUGCAUUGAAAAUGUUGCAGCUAAUUUUGCAGUAAUACAUUUGAAGCCACAGUACAGAACUGACUGAAGUAAAACAUCCAAGGUUGGUAGUGUGUGUUUUCACAGGUGAGAAUAGAGGAUGGAAAUGAAAACCUUUCAUUUUCUCAUCUCACUUCCUGACUAUCUGUAGGGUGGGGAAGUAGAGGUGAUUCUCACAAAAGCUCAAGCUUUUUCAACUGUUUCCCUGAACUUAGCUUUGUACCGUGACAAUGGAUGGAAAUUCACUUUCCUCAUAACACUAACACCCAGUGCCACAAUCUGAACUGUAUAAACUAACCAGUGCCUGUGGUGGAAAGGAUUUUGCUUCUCUCAAUGUCUUGUAAUCAAAUGAAGUUCUGUAUAAAUGUGCUGGUGCUGGAACCUGCCUUGAGUCACUCCAAAAUCAGAAAAUGAUUGUACCAUGAGGAUUGUGUUUUGGAGUUGCAUUUUGCCUUUAGAUAUUGUGUGGGUGAAUUACAAUUUAAACAAAACUGGUAGAGAUGGGACUAGAUUUGCACAGAGUUCCCUUCUCCUGAGUGAAAGCUGUGCAACUUUCAGGGUUACAUGGUGAGGAGAAUCAUAGAUCAGCUGUGGACUCAAGGCAACAGAAGUCUGAGAACCACAGAGACCAAGACUUUGCAGUGACAGCUCAGGUGAUUGGUCUUCACUGCAGAGCUCCAGUGUAUGGAAGAUCCCGGUGGAAACCUAGGUAGUAGCAGGACAACAUGGAGAUGCUUGUGUAUAAAUAUGAACUCCAGGUAGAAUUGCUUCAUUUGUGCAGUGAAUCUGAGGCUUGUCUCCAGCCACAAGACAAUGUUAUUUGCUCUCUAUUCCUCAUCUCCAAUGUGAUCAGAUUUGUUUUGUAUUUUUGAUUUUUGACUGCCAAAUUGAUUUGCACAAAAUUCCAUAGGUAACUCUCUUGUCAGAAGAGUUCAGGGUGGUUUCUUGUUCUGGUGAAAUGAAGAAAAUGUAUCAACAUAUUUCACAUUUACAUGCUUCUGAAUCUGUUCUUUAGAUUUACAAUUCUGUUUGUAUCAUUGUUAUGUUACAUUUUAAAAUUUCUUAUGUGCUAAUUUUUUUGAUCGAAUGGAAUAAAAUUAAACAUUAGAUCUUCU